UUGCAGCCAGAAGGGUUGACGAAGUAUGAGAAUCUCAAUACCCUAGGAGAGCUGAACAGAGAUCUUUGGAUCGACUAUGAUACCAUCAACACCAACCGACCCCUCAGAAAUGGCGCUAAGAUCAAGUUCCUGAUCACCGGCGGCGGCCACGCGGGUCUCCUUAUCGCCGCUCGGCUGAUCCAACAAGGCUUUUCGUCAUCGGAAAUUGUGAUUGUGGAGAAGGGCGGUGGGUUUGGUGGGACUUGGUACUGGAACCGCUACCCAGGUCUUAUGUGCGAUGUCGAAGGGUAUUGUUACUUGCCGUUGCUUGAGGAAACGGGAUUCAUGCCUAAGCACAGAUACUCGUACGGUUCAGAGAUCCGCGCGAAUGCCGAAGCCAUUGCGAAGACAUUUGGUUUGCAGGGUCAGUUUGGCGCUGAGGUGACAGGGAAGCAGUGGAAUGAGGACAAGCAUCAUUGGCGCGUUGAAAUAAGCCAGAAUACUGGGGUGGACACUGUCGAGACGCUCCAGGUCGAGGCACAAUUUGUGUUCCUUGUUGCUGGAGUUUUCCCUACGCCGCAUAUCCCACGACUUGAAGGGUUUGAUCAGAUGCGCCAGAAUGUUACAGUGAUGCAUACAGCUCGCUGGGACUAUAGUGUAACCGGUGGAACGCAGGAGAAGCCUGAUUUGACAAAACUACAGGGAAAGGUUGUUGGCAUAGUAGGGACAGGAGCUACUGCAGCACAGGUUAUUCCAGAGGUUGCGAAAUGGGCAAAACACGUGUACGUGUUCCAACGUAGUCCCUCAUAUGUUGGCCCCAGAGGACAAAAGGAAACGACACUAGAAGACUGGGCCAGUAUUACCAGCAAGAAAGGCUGGCAGGAAGAGCGAUCAAUCAAUCUGGAUGAGAAUAUUGCCAACGAAGACACUACAUUUGACCUAGUGGCUGACGGAUGGAGCAAG